AUGACCAGCAGGGAGAGGAAGGUGACUGUCCAUCAGCUCCACUCGCCUGAGUCCCCACAUGCACGCUGGGCGUGGGGCAGCCGGGAGCGGGGCGCGGCGGCCGCCGAGCUGGGCUCAGCAGUCGGCACCGAGGAAGCGGCGGAGGAAGUGAGCGCCCUGCAGGCGCUGCCGAUCGACGUGCAGCUGUACAUCAUGUCCUUCCUCUCGCCCCAAGACCUGUGCCGCUUGGGGUGCACGAGUUGUUACUGGAGGGUGGCUGUGCAGGACCCCCUGCUGUGGAGGAAUUUUCUCCUGCGGGAUCUCCCGAUUUGGACAUCUGUUGAUUGGAAAUCUCUCCCAGACGCAGAAAUUUUUAAUAAAGCCUUUUCACAAGUCAACGAUGAAGCCCUAUAUGAUUAUAUGGCAGCAUAUAAAAAAAGCUGUCCCCAGACCAGAAGAAGUUUGAAAUCAAGCCGCCCUCGGUAUGGUGCUGUCACUUCCUUUUUGCAAUCACUGGUCACGCAGUCAGAACCUCGCUUUGCUAUGUUUGGACCCGGUUUGGAAGAGCUGGAUGACUCUUUAGUACGAAAGAUGAUGACAUGCCCAGAAAUCCUGCUAGUGGCUGGCUUACCUCAAAGACGAAUUCAUGGUAAUGAUAAUGAUGGUUAUUGUUUGUAUUAAUUUUAAUUUUAUGAACAGAUAUAACAAAAAGCACUAGGGGAGAAAUGGAAAAAGAUUUUUUUAAUGCUCUCCUUGAGAAUGAAAAGCAAACUGGUAAAAAA